AUGAAUAAAAAAAUUUGUGUGGUAAAUAUAGACAUUGACGAUGAUGUUGUUAAUGUCGAUGAUUAUAAUAAUAAACAUGAAGAAUUACCAAAUGAUGUUGAUGUUGAUGAUGAUGAUGAUGAUGAUCGAUUCGCAAAACAAUUCAAGACAGAAUUGUUUGAAAAAUCUCAUGGUGAUGACAAACAAAAUAAAGAUUCGUUGAAACCUGUUUGGUUCGAUGAAGAUGAUGAAAUCGAUGCAUCCAAAGCGUUUGAAGGAUGUAGCAAGAUGCCCAAAUUGGUCAAAUCAAAUGAUAAUUAUCGUCAAUACCUGGAACGUAAAUUUACUGAAAUUCAUGAGCCACCAAAUUGGGCACGAAAAACUUCGAAAAAACAAUCUGGCAAACAUGAUAAACAACGAAAAGUUUCUUCCGAUGAUGAUGACGAUGAUGACGAUGAUGAUGAUAACAUCCAAGUUGAUCAAAUUGCUUAUGACAAUUUAAAAUCAUGUCGUUUCCAUUUGAACAAAGAAUUUUUACGUGUGAAAAAAUGUCCUCAUCUCAACAUAUCCAGUCGUAUAAAAACAUCAUUGAAUUGUGUGAAUUUUCAUUCAAAUUCCACUGUUGCAUUGAUUGGAUCACCAAUUGGAUUGGUUCGAUUAUUUCAAGUUGAUGGCAAAUUGAAUUCAAUUAUUCAAUCAAUUUAUUUCCAAGGAUAUCGAUUAUGUGAUGCACAAUUCAUAUCGGCCAAUGGACAAGAAGAAAUUAUAGUCGGUUCCGAUGGAUCAAAUACUAAAUGUCAUGGUUUCUGUUAUUUUUACGAUAUGUUAGCUGGCAAAAUUAUUCGAAUUCGUCUGUCCAAAGGUGGUAAACAUCGAUAUUCAUUACGUGGAUUUCAAAUAUCACCAAAUGGUUCUUAUUUGGCUGCAUGUGAUCAAAAUGGCAAUAUUAAUUUGCUUUCAGCUUCCAGUAAAGAAUUAAUACAAGAAAUGAAAAUCAAUGGCGAUGUCAAUUGUUUAUCAUUCAGUCCUGAUUCCAAUUAUAUAAUUGCACAUGGCCAACAAACUGGCUGUCAAGCAUUCAUAUUCGACAUACGAAAUGCACGUAAAUUCAUACCAUGUGUGAAUCGUUUUAAUGAUCCAGAUACAAUUAUUGCUACGGCAAUGGAUUUAAGUCCAACUGGAAAUUUAUUGGCAAUCGGUUCAAAUAUGGGCACCAUAAAUUUAUAUCGUUUUGAUGAUAUAAUCAAACAAACAAAUCCAAUGCCAAUAAAAUCGAUUAUGAAUUUGACUACGGCCAUCAGUUCACUGAAAUUCAAUCAUGAUGGCCAAUUAUUGUUGCUAGCAUCCGAUCAAAAAAAUGAUGCAAUUCGAUUUUUAAAUACAAAUUCAAUGACAGUAUAUAAAAAUUUUCCACUAUUUGUUGGCGGUAACAGUGGCCGUACAUAUGGAAGAAUUUUCGACAUUGAUUUUUCACCACACAGUGGCUAUGCAUCAUUUGUAACCGGGUCCGGUAGUGGUCAUUUAUUUCGAAUAACUGAAUAUUCAAGUUAUUAAAAUUAAAUUUCAUUUUUUUAAAAUUUAAA